AUGUCAAGCAAUGGGAAAGGGUCGCCGUUUUUAAAACAAUGUUUUGUAACAGCGGCGAUUUGUUGCAAUAUAAUCGGGCAAGGUGCUGCUUUUGGCUAUUUAGCAGUUCAGCUUCCAACGCUUAAGUCUAAGGACACCGAAAUACCACUUUCAAAGACUGAAGAAGCAUGGAUCGCUGGUAUGCUACCCCUAUUCAUGAUCCCGGGUUUCUUUUUUGCUACGCCAUUAAUGGACCGCUAUGGACGUAAGGCAACUCAUGUUAUCCUAAUUAUGCCAGCGUUGGUUGGAUGGUUCAUGCUUACUAUUGCUUCUAGUGUUGCUGAAAUUAUCAUCGCAAGAGCACUCCAAGGGAUCUCAGGGGGAAUGCUCAAUACUCUUCGAUCUGUCCUUAUUGGUGAAUACACCAGCCCCAAAAACCGUGGAGCAUUCUUAACCACGAUAUCAUUUUCACAAGCCUUCGGCAUAUUCUUCGUACAUUUAAUAGGAUCCUGCUUCAGCUGGCAAAUGACUGCUUUUAUCUCAGUCUUCUUUCCGUUUGUAAGUUUACUGAUGACCAUAUACGCACCAGAAUCUCCCAGUUGGCUCCUAACAAGAGGACGUAUUGAUGAAUGCAAAGAGGUGUUCCGAUGGCUCAGAGGCAAUGAAGAAGAUGAAGAACUAGAAGACAUGAUUCAAGCAAGGUUGGCUUUUGAGAAAUACGAAGCAACCACAAAUCAUAAUAGGAAUAAAAUCGUCGAUAUUAUUCGCACUAUAAAAAAGAAAGAGUUCUAUAAACCCAUAAUUUUAAUGGCUCAUUUAAAUAUCAUCACACAAUUUUCCGGUGGAACGACUAUGGCAGUUUUUGCGCCUUCGAUAAUUGGCAAACUGAUACCACAAGGCGAUGUGGCAUUUUGGAUGGUUUUCUUGGAUACACAGCGGUUAAUAAGCAAUUUCUUGGCCGUUUACAUUAUGAACAAAGUGAAGCGACGAACGAUGAUGUUUUCAACUGCUGGAUUGUGUGUGAUAAGUCACAUUGCUAUUGCCACUUACGUUCUUUGCCGGCUGAUGGGCUGGAAUUACAGUUCCGUGUGGUUACCAGCGCUUCUGAUCAAUAUACAGUAUUUUACUGUGGCAGUGGGCAUGGUGCCCCUACCGAACAUAAUAGGUGGAGAGGUAUUUCCAUUACAAUACAGAAGUAUAGGUGGAUCGAUAAGUUUAGCAACUGGUGGAAUGUUUACGUUUGUCGUACUCUUAACGUUCCUACAGCUCAUGGAUAAUUUGGGCUUGCAUGGCACGUACUAUCUAUACUCGGUAAUUUUGAUAGUAAACGUUUUUAUAGUGUGGUUGUUGCUUCCUGAAACGAGAGGGAAGACAUUACAGCAAAUAGAAGACGAAUUUCGAGGUAAACCUUUGAGAUUGGACGAAAUUGAAGCACGACUGUCGUUGCAGUCUAACCCAAUAGAAAUUUAUAAAAGGAGAGUGUCUGAACAGAUAUUUAGUUCAACACUUACAUUAUAG